AUGGGCGUGAGCGCGGAGGCUAACGACCCCGAGACUGUGUUCGAGAACACACAGCCGACCGCGACGACCUUCGCGAACCCCUUCGCAUCCGCUGUCGCCAACCCGAACCAGGCCGGGGGCCAGAACCAGGGCACGAACGAGAGUGGGUACAGGAACGAUACAGGUACAGGUGCUGGACGAGGCGAUCGAGGCGGAUUCGACGUUCCAGUCGGGGCCCUGAAGAGGAGCCAGCUCGGGGUCAUCAAUGGCAUCAACCAGAGGGCGAACGAGAUCCUGUUAUCGUACAAGAGCAUAAGCAACGAUAUCGUCCAGCUCGUGCAGAGGCAGGCGCAGCUGAUGGAGAGGAUGCAGACGUCCAGCAUGAUCGACGAGGGUAUGGCGUCCGACGUGAACGAGGUCUGCAACAUGCUCAUGGAGUUCAGCAGCAGCACGAUUAGGAAGAUGGAGGAGGCCUGCGCGUUCAUAGAGGGGGACACCGGCAUCUACGUGAAAGAGACCAUGCCCGUGGCCCCGCUCUUGCGCAGGGAGGACGGCUCGAUCAUGAAGUAG